AUGGAGUCCUCCUAUCUGGGAAAGCGCAGGAUGAACGGCGGCGCCGAUAGGGAGACGCCUAGGGCGCCCGCUGCGUUCCUCCCGGCCGCCGCGCUGGGGUACGAGUGCGGCCACGCGGAGGCGGCCCACCACCUGCCCCGUCGGGUGGCGGCGGGCGAGAUGGACUUCUUCAAGAAGGAGAAAAGGGAGAGGAAGGACGCCGCCGCCGCCGCCUUUGUGCCGUCGGACGAGCACGGCAUCAAGGAAGACGACCUCACCAUCAACAUGGGUCUGCACCACGUCGGCGGGAAGAAGAGCAGCAUCAGGAGCGAGGAGUCCACCGUCGACGACGUCGUCUCCUCCGACAACGUCGAUCACAGGGAGACCAAAGCUGAGCUGGCACUGGCAAAAUCCGAGCUUGGGCGCCUGAACGAAGAGAACAAGCAGCUCAAGGACUUUGUCAGCAGGCUGACCCUCAAGUACAAUGCUUUCCAGAUGCAGAUGCCGGUCUACACUACACUGCUGCAGCAGCAGCAAAGGACCAAUAACCAUCGAGCCCUUCUUCGCGGAGCUCCAGGCCAUGAGCUGAUGAACGUCGUUCCGGAGACGAAGGACCAGGAGGGGAGCGGCGGCGGCCACCUGCUCCCGCGGCAGUUCAUCAGCAGCAUCGGCACCGCCCCCGACGACCCGCUGCACUCCAUGGGCUCGUACGCAGUGCGCGGCGGCGACAGCUCGGGGUCGACCAGCAACGCGGAACCGCCGCCGCCGCAGCCCUUGGACUACUGCCCUGGCAACGGGCUCAUGGUCAGCGGCAAGGACCUGAUGCCGCUGCCGGCGUUCGAGCACGGCCACCAGCAGCAGCACCUCGCCCACGAGAUGGGUAGCAGCAGCCGGGCGGAUGAGCCGCCGCAGCCGCACCACCUGGCGGCGCAGCAGGGCUGGCUCUCCAACAAGGUGCAUAAGUUCCUCCCCGCCAAGGGCCCCGAGCCCGUCCCCGAGGCCGCCACCAUGCGCAAGGCCCGCGUCUCCGUCCGGGCCCGCUCCGAGGCACCCAUGAUCAAUGAUGGGUGCCAAUGGAGGAAGUACGGGCAGAAGAUGGCCAAGGGCAACCCUUGCCCCCGCGCGUAUUACCGCUGCACCAUGGCUGCCGGCUGCCCGGUCCGCAAGCAGGUCCAGAGAUGCGCCGAGGACACGACGGUGGUGAUCACGACGUACGAGGGGCACCACAACCACCCGCUGCCGCCGGCGGCGAUGCCGAUGGCGUCGACGACUGCGGCGGCGGCGUCCAUGCUGCUGUCCGGGUCGAUGCCGAGCGCGGACGGCGGCAGCCUGAUGGCCGGGUCCAACUUCCUGGCGCGCGCCGUGCUGCCGUGCUCCUCCAACGUCGCCACCAUCUCGGCGUCGGCGCCGUUCCCCACCGUGACGCUGGACCUCACGCAGCCGCCCCCGGGCGCCGCCUCCGCCACCGCGUUCGCGCAGCCGGCGCCGGCGCAGGCGCGGGCGACGGGGACGGAGCCCUCCCAGCUCCAGGCCGCGCUCGCCGACGCCGCGGGCCGGCCGAUGCCGCUGACGACGCAGCUGUUCGGGCAGAAGCUGUACGACCCCUCCUCCAAGGCCCCCGCCCGCAGGCGGACGCGGCGGGCGACACCGUCAGCGCGGCGGCCGUGA